AUGCUGUCUGAAUUUGAAGCCGAUGGACCUCAGCUGGAUGAAGAGUUAGACUAUCCGCUUAGGAUUGUUCUUGUCACGGAUGACCCGAAGUCAAAAGAGUCAGAAAUGGAAGAAAUACUUUUGGAUAGGAUAACAAGUUUCCGAAUGAUGAAUGUAUUUUUUGAUGCAUUCGAUGACGCAGUGGCAGUACCGAAUGAAGGGCAUAUCAAAUACGAAGUGGGUAGUGAUGGGUUAGUUGUGAUUAUUGUCGACAGCACGAAAUUGAAGGAUGACGCGGUUAAGUUUAUUGACGAUUAUGCAAAAGAGUUGGAGCAGGAAAAGGAAGAGAAGGAAGAGGUGGAAGAGGAGGUGGAAGAGGAGGAAGAGAAAGAGUCAAAGAAGAAGAAAAUAAAAACAACGGCUUAG